UAAACUUCUUAUUACAAAAAUGGAUUGCUGAAUAGUUGAAGAUGGCAUUGAAAGUACUUUGAAAUAUCCAAAUGGAGAGUAUCUUAAGCGCGAUUGUGAAGGAGAGCUCAGCUGUCAAGUUUGCCCCCAUCAAGGCUGCUUCCAGUGAAGCUCUGGAGUUCCUGCAAGAUGAGAGACAAGUUGCCAGCAUUCCAACUUACCAGUUAAGAGACAAAUGUCUUCACCCGCUUCAGCUUGCCUUGGAAUCGAGGAACAGUAAGCUGACCAGCUAUGGCAUUGGAGGCAUGCAGAAAAUGAUAGAUGAUAGUCGGUUUCAUUCAAGUAUUGUGCAUGAGUGCGAUGACAACUGGCUACCGCUGCAAGUCCUCCAGGCUGUGGUGGCCACGCCCAAUCUCCCUGAGGAGUCGCAGGUGGAGGUCAUGAAGGUGUUACUUAGUAUGACGUUCUCCUCCGUGUGGUGUGCCAAUGCAAAGAUAAUCACGAAGAUUGCAGAGCUAUGUCUGAAUUGUUUUCUGUCGUCUAAUAGGCAGUACCUUCGUUACGUCUGUCUCACAACGCUCUCACAAAUUGUCGGUGGUUGUUAUGGCCGCCACACCGUGAAAGAGUUACCCAUUGAGUUCAAUUUUGACAAAAAGUGGUCAGAGACUUUGGAGAGCUGGCCUCGGCGACGUCCACCUUGGGUCUCUUUUCAAAAGUUAAUCAUGGUGUGCCUUGAGACAUUCAACACCAGCUCACAGAGUGUACGCACGGCUAUCAGGGCAACACUCACUCAAAUGCUGAGUUCUAUAGCUGAGAAGUUAUAUGAGACACAGACUAGUAUGGGUGACAGUAGCGAUGAGGAUGAUGAGGUGAUGGAAGAUGGGGCCAAGCAACAAAAAGACCUAGCAGCAUCCAAUGCCUUGUGUAAAGAUGUGGUGGAUAUUAUGUGCUUUCUUUGUGAGAAACUGAGGUCAACACAAUGCGUACAACAGCACAAACCAUUGGUCCCCCUACUGCUUGAAGGCAUUUACUCAAUAUUGAAAAAUCUACCCACAUCGGUGAGAGAUAGUCCUGAGUUUGUGGAGUUACUCUGGAAACAGCUUUGCCCCGGUCUAAUCUCCAUGCUGGGCAACCCAGUCACAGACAAAAGUGUCGUACAGAAACCUGCCUAUGGAUCACAGGACGGGAGGGGCUCAGGCUGUUCCACAAAUGCUCCCAAUGUUGCUGAACACUCGGCGAAGACUAUUUACAAUAUUGCUGUGGAGUUGGUGAAGAUUGUUGGUAGUCUGCGCUCCCUGCGUCCUGUCCUCGAAUCCGUGUUUCAUCGUAUGCUGCUGUAUCCUCCACCACAGCAUCGAUUGGAAGCGAUCAGAAUUCUAAAGGAGGUCUUGAGCAGCCCGGAAGGUCUACUGAGUCUGGCUGGUCCCACCAUGGCUGAUGAUUCUGCCAAGUGCCCUGGCAAUAAACUAUCACAAUCCAAUAUUGCAUUACUCAAAUUAGUGGUUGAUUCUGUGCAAGAGUGCUGCCACUGUAACGAGUCCUCUGUGUGUAUAACAAGUGUACAGUGCAUGGACGAGUUGCUCAAGUCAUUAGAGCAGGUCGUACAGGGGGAACACCUCCCCCAGGAUGUCGUGGAUGGCAUCCUGGAGCAGUUUGACCCUCCGGAUAUGAUGUCCUCUGUUUCUGAAUGUGAAGAUACGUUGGAAUCAUCGCAAGAGACCACAAUGUCAGCAGAGGCGAAAAUCGAUCAUUUGAAAACAAUCAUUGACAGUGUCCACGCCAAACAUCGCGAGCAGGAAGAAAAUGAGGUGUUCGAUUCAGAUGCAGAGGAGCCGUCUGAUCUCAAUAAAGGACACGAUUUAGGCGACAGGAAACUCAGUUCUGGAUGUUACACACAGGAGGCGCGAGAGGAGGAUUACAAGUCGAGGUUUCCCAUGGAAGAUUUCCAUUCAAUGGAGAAACAAAGUGCCAAAGACUAUGUCGUCUGCUUGCUACAGGUUCUGCCAUCUUUAUUAGAUAUUCCGAGCAUUUCUGAAUUGGAUGAAACGCUGCAGACAUUUGCAUCCAAUUUUUGUACAGGUCAACGAUCAUCAAAUGCAAAAGCAGACGAGAGUGGGAACAAUAACGCAUGUAAAGUUAUCCUGAAUGCAGACGGUGUUUACAUGGCCACAUACAGCACCCUCUUACUAAAUCUGAAGUUACUCAAGAGCGGUUACUAUAGCAACAAGGACCAGAAGGUGCUGGUCACUGAGGUUGAAUUCGUCAAUGAUAUUCUGGACAGUGAGCUUCUGCUGUAUCUCUCUGACACGUGGCUGUCUGAAGUCUAUCGUCAGACCCUUAGCCUCAAUCUUCUACAAAUGGCUGGAUUCGCUGAAACCAUUCACAAGAAUAAUCCUCUAAUAAAUGUCCUCACAGAAAUGCUUGUUGACAAUGUAAAACACGGGUCAAAAUGUUGGACAUGGUUGGACAUUGAUGGCCUCUGUAGCCUCCAACUUGGCGGUCAGCUCCUCCGUGAAUACAAAGAAGAGGAAGAGAACGAGAAUCAAGAUAUGAUAAAAAGACGAUCCAUCGAAGCCGGGAUGAAAUUCGCCAAAGCUGUCCUCAUGUUGUGCUGGGACGGAAUCCUCGAUGUUCUUUCUGUCCUCCUCGAUGGGAAGAGUUCAUGUGGUAUCACGAGUAGUUUGAGUCUGAUGUUGGGGACAGAGGGCGCUAAGGAGGAGAGUAAGAGAGCGCAGGAGGCAAUUUGUAUGAGUCUUGAUGGACUUCAGAGAGCGGCUAGGUUAGCCUGCAUGUUAGGUCUCCAGAUGCGUUGUGGUACUGUCUUUGCCCAAUUAGCCAGUGCAUCCUGUGUUAUGGAGGAAACCAAACGAAGCCCCAUUCCAGAUAGGAAGACAACCAAAAUGCCCGUUCUAGUCUCCAAACCUAAGUUACCCCGUCUACAUGCAGCUCAUGCACUGAGUUUGGAUGUUGUGUUGACCACUGGGUUGGAGAUGGGUAGCCACUCCAAGGACUGCUGGGCUCAUGUAUUCAGAUCUUGUGCUCAUAUCUCACAGUUAGAGCAUACAUACUUCAGCCGUGGUAACAACCAGUCUAAUCUGCCCAAGAUUCACCCGCAGGGCCAUCCCAUGGAGAUGAAUAAUGAGGAUGAGGAGAGUCACGAAUACUAUGGGAUUCCAGUUGUCCCGAUGGUGCCGGUAGCUCCCAGCAUCAAUGUGCCUGAGCUGAUAAAGCAGAGUAAACUAGAGUCUGGAUGGGAUAGUGCAAUAGUAGCUGGUGGAGUCUUGAACGGUGCUCAGACGUCCAAGUGUCUUUGUGGACUCUCGCAAGCUGUAGAUAGAUUAUUCGAAGACGCUGCCUAUAAACUUACCAUGAAAUCAUUGAUAGGAUUCCUUGCUGAGCUGAGCCGUAGCAGCAGCCAGCAGCUCUACUCCCUAGGACGGCCCAACUUGGAGCGCGAGGAGGGGGCAGCGGGUUCAAAUCUUCCUACGAAUGUGCUUCAUUUGUAUCGGCUUGGCGACGUUAUGUUGAAGUGCAUAAAGAGCGGACGGCCACUGAUGCAUAUCAUGAGAAUUUGGACUACUGUGUCUCCGCAUUUUGUAGAAGCUGCCUGUCACAGGGAUCGUCGCAUAUCCAAAAAGGCUGUUGCUUGCAUCCACGAUUGCGUCACAACUCUCCUAAGCAUUCGUCAAGAGUUACCUCACUUCCAUUUCAAUGAGUUGUUAUGUAAACCAUUUGAGAAUUUGCUGUGUUUGGAACUGUGCGAUGGGGACGCCCAGGAUCAGAUUGUAUGUUCCAUAUGUGAGCUUGUCGAAGCGUGUACCAUAGAGAUCUGUUCAGGAUGGCGCCCCCUAUUUGCUGCCCUGAGAGCCGUUAAGAUUGAAUUCACGACCAAUGAAGAAGUGAAUGAGGCCCGACAACGUCAUGUAGCUGCCGUACUAGAUGUUUUCGAGGUUUUUUUAAACUCGGAUAAUAUACUGGUGUUUGCUAACGCUGCCAUAGACUGUAUUCUCUGCCUGUUGAAGUAUGUCAGAGGCCCUGGUGAAUUUGAAUCAGAUUUUGAUGACUCGGACUCAGGCAGUGACUGCCUACCUGCGGAGAGUACCGAGAACCUCUGUAUACCUGCCUUGAAGUACCUCAAACAGUGUUGUGAAAUUCUGUCUACGAUGUGGAAUAUGCCGGCCUGUCCUAUAUUCAACGGUGCUCAUAGAAUCAAGAUGAAUUCUGUACCACAGUGUGUAGACCCAAUGAUUCCUUUCAUGGAUCUAGAAUCAUUUCAACGUUUCUUCGACCAAACACCAAGUCAGCGUGGAUCCAUUGGAAGUUUUGUCCAAUCAGAUUGGAAUAAACCAAUGGACAUGUCGCUAGUCACCGAUUUAAAAACGCUCAGCAUCGCUGAGCACAAUAAUGAAUCACUGCCAAGUCAAGAUUCAGGAAAUUUCACGCUGUCGCCCGGAUCUGGAGAAAAUGCAGCUGAUACCUUGGAAAAUCAAGUCGAUUCAGAACCAAAAGAUGAGACGCCAAAAGUUGAGAGGCAGCGACCAGAAAAUGCUGAGAUUCAUCUGUCCCGGACGCAGACUGCCCAAGAGGGCAUGUGUUCGAAGCUGCAGAUUCAGAUCCAGACGAAGACCUUGGGAGAGAUGGACAACCACACUGGGAUACUCCAUGUGUGGUUCCUACUCCUGGAGGGCAUGGCUACAGCUGUCUCGACCUGCCCGAAGACAUAUCAGCCUCAGACACUUGAAAUGCUAUUCGAUCUGCUGAGGUCAUCUGCUAAUACUCCGGGUGCGGAGUUUGGUAUCUACUGUAUCAAUCAUCUGCUGCUGCCGAUGCUUCAAGACUGGCUGAGGCAUUGUACCAAGUCAUACGGCUACUUUGAGGGGUCGCCUGCUAACUUCAAACAGUGCUGUGGACUCUGCACUGAUCUUGUGGUGGAAUAUAUUGUGCAGUUUGCUGGAACUCCAGAGACACAUUCUGGCACCGAGUUCAUGUUAAAACAAAUGAUGGAUGUAUUAGUUGAGUGUAUAGCCCAGCCAGUCGAAGCCAUCUCAAGAUUAGGCUGCUCCUGUGUCCGACAUGCUAUCCUGAGCAGUGGGCCUCUCCUUACUGAGAACAUGUGGCACAUAGUCACCCAGUCGUUGCACCAUGCCUUCAACGUGACCAUGUACAGUACACGGCAGCUGAUGACUCUAUUCCAUGCCAAUUCAGACAACUUCUACGGUGAUAUUGGCCAGGUCAAAGUGGCUGCUCGGAAAGACUGCUCAGUUACAGAAUGUGAACGUUUGCGGCAGCUAGCUUUACAAGUUUUCCUAUUGGACAGUCAACGGGCAAAGAGUCCGUUAGCACCUGCUGAGCUGGAGCAAGAUCGCACCUAUGUGUUCUUGUUGUAUCCACCAGAGUUUGCGGAUAGUUACAAUCCAGAACACAUUAUGACCAGGGUACCUUUCAGAAGUCUCGUCGUGGGGCUUCUAUCCCAUCAACUUCUGCUGCAGACAGUGGGAGCUAUCCUCCUGGAGGGGACGUCAAACGUAGCCACAGCUGAACAACAUAUCUUACAACGAAGGUUGAGCCAGGAUAGUGAAGAUUUGGAGGCAAAGGAUCAAGGACUGCCUGGAAUGCUGAAUUACCUCUCCUCAAGGAAUAUGCUGACGAUACUUCAAUGCCUGCAGGAUUCCUAUCGACUUGCCAUGGACUUUGACUCCAGGCCUGGACUUAAGUUUCUCAUUCAGAAAGUAGCGAGCUCUGAUGUUGCGGCAAACUUAUACAAACAAGCUGGGAUCAGUAUGACUUUCAUGGUGCACACACUCAUUGAGGUCUGCAUGAGCAAUAAGGUGACAUCGUCGGAACAGGUCAAGGAGAUUUUGCGUUUGCACCUCGAAGCGAAAAAGGAAGUGACAGAAAGAUUUGAGAAGGAAUUUGAGGAAUUAAUUCGGGAGCAGGGACGGACGAAGACGAAAGAUCAAGUCAUGCCUAGCCCUGCAUAUGUUAUUUCUGAUUUGUACAGUGAUAUGGAGUCAGCUCGUCGAAGCCAUGGUACGAUUUCUGAACAUCAUGCCAUCUUCAUCAAGCUGUUGUACGAGUGCUGUAACGAUAUCUGUACGACGUACACUGACCUUGUCCUGGAUAAAGAGGGGACGGCCACAGCUGACCGGAUGUCUGAUCGCCCACUUUUCUUCCUCGUGGCGCAACCAGAUGAGAUACCAGAGCUGAAACGCGAGAAAGCAUUGAUGACGAUGGUGGCGGAGAAACUCCAGGAGCAGCAAUUGCAGCUGCAGCAUCAGGGACCGAUGGCAACUGCCCAGGUGCCAGUCCAAGCUCAGUGUCCUCAAGAUUCUUAUUACGACUUUCUCAGCAAUGAGCAGGGUUCAAUGGUUGAACACUCAGAAACUGUCUCAGAGUACACUCAGUCUAUGAUGUCAUCGCGUAUGUCGCCCUUACACAGCCCAGAUGAUGACCGAAUCGGUAAACACAACCCAGAGGAUAAAGUCUAUACUGUGGCGACGGACAGAACAAUCAAGAACUUGAUGUCGGCGUAUAAGAAAAGGAAACAGCAACACAGUAUGCCAACAUUUAGAAGGUCAAAGCCGAGCAAGCCGAAAGUACCCAAGACCCGGAAGUCAAAGAACACUGACCCCAUUCAAGAGGAAAUUGAAAACGAACAAACCAACUCAAUUAUGAAGGACAGCGAAGCACAUAUCCAGUCAUGGACAGAAAUGAUCUGUACUCUAUUAAACCUCAUCCACCAAGUUGCCGACGAGUCUCACCAACUUCUUCUCCCGGUCGUCUUCCCCAGUCUCAAUCAACUCGUCUGCCACGCGGAGGAUGUCCGCCUGAAGGAGGCGCUUGCUAUGUGGGUGCAUCGCCUUGGGUAUAUCUGUGGUUUUGCCUGGAGGACGGCAAACCAAUCAUGAUCACUGUGUUUGUUGUUUCGUGAUUCGUGUGUGCUUGUAAAAUGUAAAAAUAAGAUGGAUAUCUUGUGGUACCAAAUCGACACACUAUGUUUUAUCAUUGGUACAUACAGUUUUAUGUGCAUCUUUUACACAUAUGCACUGUAAACAAGUGGCCAUCAAAGGAGUGGCCUAGUUUUAUUCAGGCACUGUCUGUCUGUGUCACAUUUCAAUGUCUCUACAUUUGUGCUUAGCUUCACCUUACUGAAUAUAAAUCAAAAUCCAGGCAAAUUCUGAUAUCCUGUGUGCUCGAUUGCUGCUACAGUAGGACGCCAGCCGACAAAUCCACCACCAAAAUCCCAACUGUCGAAAAAAGAUUGAUGGAAAGGUUGAAAUUUCUCCCGCCAUGAUUGGGAAGGAAAACCAACAAGGCAUCGGGGACAUGACCUAUUAGGGCGAUGGCUGAACGUUGUUCGUUAAACGACCCAAGGGUGAUCAUGAACGGGCGAGAAAUUCCUCAAACGCAAGCCGUGUUUUGCUGUCGUGUUAUUGAUGCGUUCCUAGGGAGCAAUUCCUCUCCUCCGCAAUGGUGCAGUCAAAAAUUAAAACUCGGUGAUUGCAAUUUUAAUCAGUUUCAAAUUGACAGAUUUAUAAUAUAUUGAUCUAUGUGGGGUAGAACUGAUAUGUGGAAAAUACCAAAGGGGUUCAGCAAUUUAACGUCUGUGCCCAUCUUUAGCAGUCUUGCGUAAUUAGAGACAUCGUUAUGAUUUUUUCGUGCUGAGACAUCCAUUUGUGUCUUCUGUGCAUCUGCUCUACAGAAUUAUACUGCAGAAGACUAACGUUUGUGCUUUGCUAAUUACUGGUUGUGCUUGGUCUGAUAAAUUCUUUGUGUCCCUCGACGGUAGUUAUUGGCAAAAUAGUUUGAAGUUGGAAUGAUUAAUGAGGUGAAAGCAUGUGAUACAUAACGGUUUCCAUCGCAUAUGACAUUUACAUAUUUAUAACUAAAAGAUCAGUUUUUGACUUUGAACAGCUGAGAAAACACAUUAGGGGCUUUUUUCAAGGAGUUUGUGUGCAUCAUUAUCAUACAGUUGUGAUCUGCUCGUAAAAGUCGAGACUCUACAUAAAAAAAUGUUUGAGAUGAAAGUGUGAUGUAGUCUAAAAAAACUUGGAAUAUCCUCGGGAUGUCUCUUGAGUGGUUCAGAAUGGAAAGUUGUUGAGGUGAAUUAACCAAUAUCUCCUUUAAAUGGACAAUUCCAAUGAAAGAUGAUUAGAAAUGAAUGCCAUGGUUAGCAAUCAGCGUCAUCUCUCUUUCGUUCAGGACUCGAACCUGUGACCAACAGAUAGUGAAUCGGACACUGAACUAGACUGCUAUAUAACGCAUCUUUGGCGUUGUCCGCUUCGAACCUCAACUGCACUUUUGCUACAUAUUCCAGUCACAAUUUAUCGUACAUUCAUAACCAUUGUGAUAAGUACUCCAAAGUAUGGUUUUCUGGCCCAUUGAAUCAUUCGGUCAUAGUCAUUUCCACAAAUUACUCAUACGAUAUUUGAGCGGAUGUCUUGGGACAGCCGGCUUUGUGGGCCGCAUGAUGAAAUGAAAACGUUAUCAUUAAUCAUGUGGUGGUGUAAGAAAUAACUUUCUUGAGAAUUAUGGUUGAAGAUUUCUUAUUUCUAUUUCCAUCCUACAAUUUAGAACAAAAUAUAAAAAAGGGUCAUGGGAAUACUUUUAAAUAUAUUGGCAUUGAGAAAUAUGCUUUGAUUAUUACAUUGUAUUCCACAGCUCAGGUUCUUGAAGCAUUUCCAGUGUGUUGAUGUGAGAGAAAUGAUAUUAACCAGCAUGAACAUUCCUAUUAUUUAUUGUUAGACCCUCACAUGAAUGAAAAUUGGACCAAAAACUGCUGUUUUGUUUUUUUCAGGAACCAAGGCUUGUACUUUAGCAUGUAAUAUUUGUUGAGAGUUACUGGCAUGUACCAAUUUGUUUGUUUUCAUUAAUUUAUUUCUACCCGUGUUAAUUUUUUGUUGUACAUGUAUAUAUGAAUAAGAUGCUAAUAUUUCAUUGUGUAAUUAAUGGUAAUUUUGACGAAAGGGAGAAACAUUUUACUAUAUGACUUAUAUGAAACUCCUCUGUCAGGUCAAUAAGCUUGCUUACUGCAGGACCAGCAUCAUAACAACUCUAUCAGUACAUGCAUUACUGUGGAGGUAUCUUGUUGCUUCAUUGGUUAAAAUUCACACAAUUCUGAUGUGUUAAAGGGAACUGGAACCGCCGAAGAAUUUAUUCAACUUUUCGACUUUCACCGCCCGAGAAAGUCAAACUUCCAACUUGCUAUUCGAGUUCAGAUUUGUAGCUCCGCCCCCAGUGCCCGAGCAUGCGCAGUUCAAUUUGUUAUUAUUGAGAAUCAUGUGAGAAUCACGUGACUCAUGCGAUCUUUCAUUCAUGAGUUUUCGUAGUAAAUUCCAUAGUAGUGACGUCACUCAAUGAUUGACAGCUAGGCGCCAUGUUUCAUUCAUGCCUCGUUCUGAUCACCCGAUACGCGGGAAAUGAAAACGAGGUCAUACGAACUGGCUUGGCGGUUUCAGUUCCCUUUAACCCUUGAUGGGUCAAGAUAUGGUGAGGUGGACAUCUAUGCCAGAAGGAGGAUUUCUAUCAUUACAUGCAGUCACUGGUUUUGGUUUCAAAUUGGUAAUUUCUAUUCAAUUUAACCUGGACUGCAGUUUUCACUCCAAUGGCUGUCCUUUAAUUGAAAGGUUCAACUGUACAAAAUUGUAGCGUCACCCACUCCAUUGUUGAUAACCAAAGAUAUAAUUCAGCAUUUAAAGUCCAUUGUGCAAUAUGUCGUGAUUUCAGUUUGUGUAAUAUUUGAUUUUCUCCCUAAAAAGAACAAAGCAGCUUUAAAUUAUAUGUACAAAGUGUAUUAUAUGUGCAUGUGAUGGUUAAAUUGGAAGUACAUAUACAGUUAGUUACUAUAUCCUAGUCAUUUUGGUGAUGUAUUCAUAUACACAUGUAUAAAAGGAAUAUAAACUAUUUUAUUCGAAGUUGUUGAAUAUUCUCUGUUGAGAUGAAACUAAAAGUUGUGACUUAAGUGAAUAAAAUCAUGUAUGAUAAUGAUAA